AAUGCUGGAGCGUAGAUAGAUGUGUGCAUAGAGCAUGUGGAGGAAUCAGGACAAAGGAUACUUCUUUGCUUUGUGCAUGCCAACGUUGGGAGUUAUUUAAGCAAGCGAGACUAGACCGUGUAAGAGCUAUUUAAUCCAAUGCGAUCCGGCUUUCAAACCUGCCUGCGUCAUGCUUUAGAAGGUCGUUACUCAAGCAGAUUAUGGUGCGAGUGCGAGAAAGGCUCAAUACGUACGUGUGCUGGCCCGCGCCAGCCCGCUUGAUGCACAUUACGUAAUACUGAAUAGAAUGACUGUAGUAUGGCCUAGUCGGUUUUUCAAUCAUGCCAUGGGAUGGCCAUGCGGAAGCUUAUGAAGCACAGAUCAAAUAUAGGGAUCUUGAGUGGAGACUGAACCUGAGAUGGUUGAGGCAUGAUCUGUGCUUGCCUGCUGCUUUGCCUGUUCCAAUCCGGCCAAGACAACUUCCUGGAUCGCUUGAACGUCAGGCUAGCAGGAUUUUAAGUUUUUUGUAGCACUCUGAAGGUGAUCACUAUGAAGCACCUUGUAAUUUUGUUGACUCUGCUUGCCUGCAUUGGAACAAUCCAGGCCCUAAAAUGUUACGCUUGCAACUACACCAAUGCUGUUCCCACUUACAAUAGCUUCUGCGAUGUGAACUUUAAUAAGAACGGGUUCGGUGCUGUGGCAUCCAUCGUGGAGUGUGAUGGCGUGUGUGUCAAAGCGAGCGGUGGACUUGGUGGUCUGGUUGGAGUAGAGCGGAAAUGUGACACUUCAGAGAAUCCGUAUUGCCCCAACGCUUGUGGGUCAGUGCAGGGCACCACCAUCGGUGGUUGUAGGCACUGCUGCAAAGAAGACCUCUGCAACGGGGCCACCCUGGUGACCUUUAACCUUCUGACCCCGGUUGCCAUGUUGGUUUCUGCCUGGUUGGGCUAUUAAGGGUAAGUCCACUGAUUCAAGCCCCUUUGAAAACAGUAUUAAAUCAGCCUAGCACUGUUAAGGGCCUAAUAACAUGCACGCCAACAUCCCUGAGAUUUCCGAAACACAAAUGAAAUUCUUGUCUGGUCACUAAUCUUUCAA